UUGCUGAGCGAGUCUCGGUUUCUUGAACAAGUCUGGAAAUAAAGUUGUUUGGUGUGAUGCAAGAGCCGGAAAAUGAAUGAAUCCAUUGGAGGGGACACGGCAGCUAGGAGUCUCUGUCCACCGCGUGUCAAUAUGUUUUUACAAAAUGAGAAGGCUAACUCAAAAACAACGGUAAAGUCUAAGCAGGCUAGCUGUUAGCUUACAGGCUCAUUAAAGUGUUGAGGAAAAGUUUGUCACCAACCGGCCGAAAAAGACAAGUUGGACCGAAAAGGAUAAAUAUGGACGGCAAAGUCCAAAUGAGGAAUCACCCCCGCAGGCAGCUGAAGAAGUUGAGUGAGGACAGCCUCACCAAGCAGCCAGAGGAAGUCUUUGAUGUCCUGGAGAAGCUGGGUGAAGGGUCCUAUGGCUGUGUGUUUAAAGCUCAUUAUAAAGAGACAGGAGAGAUUGUCGCCAUCAAACAGGUUCCUGUGGAGUCUGACCUUCAGGAGAUCAUCAAGGAAAUUUCCAUUAUGCAGCAGUGCAGCAGUCCACAUGUAGUGCGAUACUACGGCAGCUACUUCAAAAACAGUGACCUGUGGAUCGUCAUGGAAUAUUGUGGCGCUGGAUCGGUGUCUGACAUCAUCCGAAUACGCAACAAGACGUUAACAGAGGAAGAGAUCGCCACCAUUCUGCAGUCGACUCUGAAGGGGUUGGAGUAUCUUCACUUCAUGAGGAAGAUCCACAGAGAUAUCAAAGCUGGCAACAUCCUGCUCAACACUGAGGGCCACGCCAAACUCGCUGACUUUGGAGUUGCAGGACAACUCACGGACACCAUGGCGAAACGUAACACUGUGAUCGGCACACCAUUCUGGAUGGCUCCAGAGGUCAUACAGGAGAUCGGUUACAACUGUGUGGCAGACAUCUGGUCGCUCGGUAUUACAGCAAUAGAGAUGGCAGAAGGGAAGCCGCCUUACGCCGACAUACACCCAAUGAGGGCCAUCUUCAUGAUUCCCACCAACCCUCCUCCAACAUUUCGAAACCCGAACCUGUGGUCUCAGUCUUUUCGAGACUUUGUUAGUCAGUGUUUGGUGAAAAGCCCAGAAAACAGGGCCACCGCCACACAGUUGCGACAGCAUCCGUAUAUCAAAUCAGCCAAGCCCACUUCUAUCCUCCGAGCCCUGAUCACAGACGCCAUGGAGAUCAAACUGAAGAGGCAAGAGGAAGCUGAACAGAGGGAACACGAUGCAGAAGAAGACGAGAAUUCGGAUGAGGAUGAAGUUGACCAGGGGACUAUGGUCCGAGCAAGGACGGAUGACUCUGGAACUAUCCGGGCUGCAGGCUCACUUGGUGAUACUGUGCGGACAAUGAUUGAACACGAGGACACGGGAACCAUGCAGUCUCAACUGGGCACCAUGGUCAUCAUCUCCGAGGAUGAAGAUGAAGAAGAAAGCGGUACUAUGAAAAGGAGCGAUGAGACCAUGCAACCAGCAAAGCCUUCAUUUCUGGAAUACUUUGAGCAAAAAGAAAAGGAAGCCAGUAACCAUAAUGUUGAGAGAGGAGUUGAAAUCAACGCAGAUGCCCGUAAACUGCCUGUUGAGGAAAAUCUUGAAGUGAUGCGUACGUGGACGGUGGAGGAGCUGCGUCAGCGACUGGCCUCUCUGGACCCUCAAAUGGAGCAGGAGAUCGAGGAGAUCCGUCAGUGCUACCAGGCCAAGAGACAGCCCAUCCUGGACGCCAUCGAGGCCAAGAAACGACGGCAGCAGAACUUCUGAGGACAACUUCUUACAUUCUCCCUGGUUUGCGAAAUCUACGACAGAUGACGCUUCACAAAAAUGU